AGUUAUCUUACUAAAUCUAAAUCCAACUACAUCCAUCGCAUACAAUUUGGAUAUUAAGAAUUCUAUAAUAUUUACAGCUGUAUGUUUUAAAUGAUGUCUUUUUUGUAGAUUCAGUAUGGGUUUAGAUCGGUUUUCAAAUGUCCCCAAGACAUAUCGAGAGAUGAGCGCUGAGGCUAAAACAAAAUACAUCGCAGAUGAGAUUGUCAGCUAUUUUCAACUCUACUGGGGAAUCGAACUCAAAGUGGCCUUUGCUAUCAUCUGCCUGACGAUUUUAGUCAACGUUUCUUUGCUAUGUGCCAUUGGAAUUACAGGAAACAUCAAGAAAUAUCACAGUUUUUUGGAAGUGGCCAGAGGACUGGCCGAGAGUUUAAUGCUUGUAUCCAUAGCAGUUCAAGCUACUAAAAAUAUGUAUAACACCACCGAAGCACAGGAAGCCAUUCCAGGUUUUGUUGCCUUUUGGUUUUUCUCCCUUAGUUCCGUGAAUUUGGGUCUGAUAAAGUCCUUCACAGGAUUUUUGCGGUUCACCGACAAACUGACUUUUUCCAGACUACAGUGGCUGAUCAUCAUGGUGGUGGUUGCUGCAUUCACCCUGGUUACAUUUGUUGUUCUGUGUGUGUUGUAUGUGAACAAUAUCCUCGCUUUUGUCAUUUUCAUCUGCUUUCUUUACUAUGUCCCGUUCAUGACUAUGUGGAUUUUUGACGGAUUAAGAUUUCAUCACCUCCGCUCCAAGAACAAACCGACGAAUGACAGAGCAGAAAUUCAGGAGCUUACAAAUACAGUUGAAGCAAGGACAUCAGCACAAUUGCAGACAGAACAACAGCCAAGACAGUUGGAGAAACCACUGUCUUUGGUUGAGAUAUUGUGUUUUCUGAUGUACGGAUUUUGUCACACUGUAGCUUUUGCUGUAGUGACGUUAGUCAUCGCACGAAUCGCCUGGGUAUUCUUCAGACCGGUUUCUAGGUUUUUUUAG